CCCGCUCACGCGGUCUAUUCUUAGAUGUCUAUGGUUAAUCGUAACGAACCUAGUGGCGACUGGUGAACUAUCAAUAUGUCUUCGUUACAAGUCACCAUGGAUUACUCCGUGUCUGUCACUGAAAGCCACUGAAAGCUCUAUCCGGUUCCAGUUGGGUUAGGUUGUAAUCGUCGAGGAGCAUGUGUGGAUGUCUGUAACAACUGAAGAUAUCUUCAAAAUGUCUAACUUUAAACUUCACCUUACGCUCGAAGAAGCGGAAACUGAAUUUUCUUGUCUGAUGGCAAAAAUCGACCCCGCAGAGUAUAAUUCCUUCUUAACAUUCAUCAAGAAACAUUGGAUUCUACCGGAUUUAGCCAGGGGUUUCAAUACGAUAGGAUUAGAGAAAUUUAAAUUAAGUACAGAAGAUUUCGAUUCAAAAGAAUAUAUAUUGGAUGAUCCUGUUGCUAUAUUAAAUAGUAUUGCCCAGGACAUCAAAGAAAGAAUACCAUUUGACGCUACGCUUCCUUCAGAGAACAUAAUAUCCCCAAAGUCUGGAGAGAAUUCUGAUUGCGAUCCAAAGAUAACAUUGCAUGUCGAUGAAUUUCUGUACACUGAUGACGAUGUGGAUGAAUUGGUUGAAGCUGGAAAAUUGAAUAGAUACUUUUGCCAAAGCUGUGGUUCUAAAAACGUGAAACCAUUCAUUUAUAUAUCACAUUCGAUGUCUAAGGAUGGUCUCUAUCACAUAUUUAACAAUAUGCUACCUGCACUUGAAGGUAAAACUGUAUUAGACGUGGGAUCUAGACUGGGUGCUGUUUUGUAUGGAGCGUACGUGUACACAGAUGCGCGUAAAAUAAUUGGUGUUGAAAUGAAUGAGGAAUUUUGUAAACUACAGUCAGACAUUAUUCGUAAGUAUGAGAUGGACAAACGGGUAGAAAUAAUGCAUAAUAGAAUUGAGGAUACCGAAGAUGUGGUAAGGACCAGUGAUGUGGUCAUCCUAAAUAACGUCUUUGAGUUUUAUCUGUCAGAAGCAGCGCAAAUAAAAAUUUGGAACUUCCUUAGAAGUAAUAUAAAAAAAGGCGCGUUGAUAGUAACUCAACCACGUAUCGAAACUACAUUCUCCCAGCUGGACACUGGUAUCCAAGUUGACUCGUGGGUUAGACCUAUUCAAUCAAACGCAAGCACGUCAGAGGAUUUCCAGUUCUUUGCAAGCGAUAAAAAUGACGUCAACAGCACAUUUACCGAAAUUGCAUGCUACGAAGUUUUGUAAAAUUUUUGAUCAGGUUGGGAGUAACGUUCCUGGCAAGAUGGAUAUUUUAUGUUCGUAGUAUGUAAUAUGCCUUGAAUUUUAACGAGCCUAAAAAUGUCUUAUAAAUCAAGGAAAAAGCUUGCUUAACUUUUAAACUACUCGGGUAUCCUCGUCCAGAACCAUUUCUCGGUAAUCCGGUUCAGAUGAUUUGCUAUCGCUUUGACGUAUGAGUCGUGUUACAAAAUAUUAAAUUUUUUCCUGUAUAUAUGUUUACGUGUCGCAAAUAUCCCGUACGCGCCUUACUUCUUGAAAGAUUUAAUGUGCCAAUCCAAAGAGGAUUGCGUAUUACAUGUUGCAUACAUAUACGCCUUUGCAAUGCAUGUACCAUGUAUGGGCGUUAAUUUAUUUGGAAAGAUAUUAGCGGUUCCAAACCCGAUGACUAGUAACAAAAA